GUGACCAUGAAGGCCCAUGUGACCAGUGACGUCACACACCUUCUAACAACUCCAUUGAGGGCUCGGUAACGGGAGACGGCUUUAUAGCUUCCGGUUUGUGAAUUGUUUGCUCUGCCCCGAGAAGAAAAAUUCCGGAAUGUCAGUUAUCGGCACACGGAUAGAUUUACUAUAUGAGAAGCUCUUGUGAAGAGAAUACGCUCAUUGAAAUGAACCAGCUGAUACAUUGUAUUUACUAGACUCUCUCAUUAGUGUAUGGCAAAGUUCAUUAUGACUGCAACUGCUGCUGUGAGUCCUAGCGAGUACCUGCAACCAGCCGUAUCUACUUCCCAGGACACACAGCCCUCUCCUUUGGCUCUUCUGGCAGCUACAUGCAGUAAGAUUGGUCCUCCUGCAGUUGAAACAGCGGUGACUCCCCCUGUACCACAACGGCCGACUCGUAAAAGGCUGAUACCUAUAAAACCUGCUCCAUUACCACUGAGUCCAGGAAAAAGUGGUAUAGGACUGUUAUCUGCCAAAGGGAAUGUGAUUCAGAUCCCACAGUUGGGAGCAGGAAAUGGGCAGCUCUUCUUCACCAUACAGAACCCAGUUGGCAAGACUGGACACUAUCAAUCUUUACAAACCUCCCCUCAAGCAGUUCCACAGACACUGGGGACUCAGUUUCAGAUUGUUAAUUCCACUGAUUGUGGAACAACCCUUCAGAUUGCCCCAGCCUCCAGUUCUACAAAACAUGUGCCCAUAAAGCCUGCCCCUCCACAAAAUAACAGCAAUGUCAUGAAGUUCACUGGAACUACUGGUAACAACCUCACAUUGGCACUUCCUCUCAGUAAUCUGGCAGACUCCUCCACUGAAACUAGCAGUCAACUUUCUUUUAGCAAACAGAGCAAAAAGCCUCGUAAGAAGCCCCUUACACCAGGGCCAGCACCUGGCUCUCCUACCCAGGAGCAAGUAGAGACUGUAUUAAUUGAAACAACUGCCGACAAUAUCCUUCAAGCCGGAAACAACCUGCUGAUUGUCCAGAGUCCCAGUGCAGGUCAGCAUGCAGUUCUUCAGCUUGUCCAGCCCAAGGCUGAAACACAGCUGGUGCAGAUACCACAACAGGCGCUGAGAGUGGUACAAGCAGCCUCAGCCACACUGCCAACAGUGCCACAAAAACCAAUACAAAGUGUCCACAGCACAGAAGCAAUUCCCACUCAGCUCUACUUACGCACAUCAGCAGGAGAUAUACAAGCUCUGAUGGUGCAAGAAUCUACUCCUCAGCCAUGCUCCACGGGAGGCACAGGGUCCCUGCCAACACAAUCUGCUACUCCUACUAAGAAAAAUGUCACGCGGAAAGAGCGAUCCUUCGCCAAAAUUGCUCCAGCAGGGAGUGUCAUUAACCUGAACACAGCACAGCUCUCGGCCGCUGCUCAGGGCUUACAGACUAUCAGUAUCAAUGGCGUCCCAGUGCAGGGAGUACCUGUUACCAUCACCAAUGCUGCAGGGCAACAGCAAAUCAGUGUGCAGAACGUGGCCAGUAAUAACGUUGCCAUCAGUGGCCUCAGCCCUUCCCAGAUACAACUACAGAUGGAACAGGCCUUGUCUGGCGAGCUACAGCCAGGAGAGAAGAGGAGGAGGGUGGCCUGUACAUGUCCAAACUGCAAGGACGGGGAGAAGGGCAGGUGGGGUCCCCCUGGCAGGAAGAGGCACGUGUGUCACAUCCCUGAAUGCGGGAGAACGUUUCGCAAGACUUCACUCUUGAGAGCCCAUGUUCGUCUGCACACCGGGGAGAGGCCAUUCGUGUGCAACUGGGGAUUCUGCACUAAGAGGUUCACCCGCAGUGACGAGCUGCAAAGGCACGCACGCACGCACACAGGUGACAAGCGCUUUGAAUGCCCUCACUGUCAGAAGAGGUUCACACGCAGCGACCAUGUCAGCAAGCACUUCAAGACACACCUCGCACCAAAGAAGCUGUAAUGCAAGUGAAAACCAUCCUCACUGUAGGAUCCCAAAAAUGAUGAUGACAUUGCGUUCCAAGUUGGAACUCUUCCAGAUAUGUUUGGGCUACCUGGAAGUAACAUUGACCUGUGUAUGGGACUGCACGCCCAAUCAUACCAGUAGUAAAUAUCGCCGCUCCCUAAAAGCUGUCACACUGCUGGUAUGUCCCCAGCAGGCAUACGGUGGCGUUUUCAAGGUGACCAUGAGUUUUGUGCAGAGAACUGGUUGUCUACAGUACGAAAACUACAGAUCCGCUCUGUAUAUCGGCGUCAUCGAGAGUAGAGGACUUUUCAGCAUGGUAUUUACUAUUGCUGUGAAACAUGAAGGAUUUAAAUGGGGAAGGGGGGGGACGGGACAGGACAGAGUACAUACAUUACCUGACACAAACUCGUUGGCUGGUCCGUAACAUUCCCAUGUUUACACUGCUCUCCCCGUUCAAGGAAGGUGCCUUAAUAUCUCCCCUCUUCCAAUACACUUGAGUGUAAGUUCAAUUAUCCUUGUGCUAAUCUUGCAUUCAUACCCGCUCCGCCAGUUGCCGUUGCAGGCAUUUCAGCAGCUCUCCAUAACGUACUUUCAGAAGAUCAUUGCUCCGCUCUAUUCAGUGUGUACAACAUGUUGUAUUUGCAUUCUUAGCGAUCACCAAGCUUUCCAUUUAAAUAAAAGAGGGGAUUUAACUUAA